AUGAAGAUUCCUCCAGGUUUUCACAAGAAAGGGGAAACUCGUGUUUACAAACUCAAUAAAUUUUUAUAUGGCCUUAAGCAAGCUUCUCGCCAAUGGUUUUCUAAGUUUUCCACAGCUCUCCUCAAUACAGGUUUCACACAAUCUCAUGCUGAUUAUUCUCUUUUUACUUUUCAUUCUGGUGAAAUCUCCAUUUAUGUUUUAGUUUAUGUUGAUGAUAUUAUUAUCACCGGUAAUAAUGAUCUUGCUAUUCAGGACCUCAAGCACAAACUCGAAUCACAGUUUUCUCUCAAGAACCUUGGUCGCUUACAAUAUUUCUUGGGCCUUGAGGUAUCUCGUUCUCCGAAAGGUAUUUUACUCUGUCAACGCAAAUAUAUUCUUGACAUUGUUAAUGAUUGUGGCCUUUUAGGAGCUAAGCCUUCUCCAUCUCCAAUGGAGAAACAUCUAAAACUACUUCCAUAUUCUGGUGAUCCUCUAUCUGAUCCUAGUAUUUAUCGACGUCUCAUAGGUCGUCUUCUAUAUAUUCAAGUGACACGUCCUGAUAUCACAUUUUCUGUUAAUUAUUUAAGUCAAUUCAUGCAGCAACCGUGCUCUGGUCACUUGGAUGCUGCACAUCGUAAUGUUCGUUACCUUAAAGGUACCGUUAGUCAUGGCAUUUUUUUAUCUGCCUCAAGCACUUUGUCUCUUUCGGGUUACACCGAUUCUGAUUGGGCAGGCUGCUUAACAACUCGUCGAUCCACGACAGGUUAUUUUACGAUGCUAGGGGACAGUCCUAUUUCUUGGAAGUCCAAGAAACAACCAACAAUAUCUCUUUCUUCUGCUGAAGCUGAAUAUCGUGCUCUUGCACGACUUACUUCUGAACUGCAAUGGUUGCAUUAUCUUUUCACUGAUCUUCGUAUCACUAUUCCAAGGCCUAUACCUAUUUAUUGCGAUAAUCAAGCCGCUCUUCAUAUUUAUGCCAAUCCAGUUUUUCACGAACGAACUAAACAUAUUGAAAUAGAUUGCUACUUCGUACGUGACAAACUACUUUCUGGUCUAAUCAAGCCUACGUAUAUACCGUCAGCAUUACAAUUAGCUGAUCUUUUCACAAAACCGCUGGGAGUGUAUCAUUUUCGUCGCCUUGCUAGCAAGUUGGGUCUUCGUGCAGAUGGUCCUCAUCCUCCAACUUGA